AAAGGAUUCAAAUAGCUCUCAAACUGAAACAAAAUAGGCAACCGGAAACGUAUUUAGUAAAUAAAUGUUAGUAAAUAAUAUGGAAAAAGAAAAAUCUAGAUAAGAGACUUUCACGCAAAAAAACUCCGAGUAUUAGCAGAUAUAAUGAGUAUGAUUUAACUACUAAGAAGGAACUGAUUUUACAAAUGUCUCAAAAAAAGAACUUAACAAGAGUAAAUUUGUACGACAAAGAAUUCCCUUCAUUAUCUGAUGAUGUUGAUGACACUCUUGGAGCUAGUACUUAUUCCUCUUCAUAUUCUUCUAGACUCAAAACUGUGUUACAUUCUGAAGUGCCUAAACAAAAAGAGAGUUAUGCUACUGUAAAUAAAAAACGUGACAUUACUACUACCAGUGCUUCCAAAACUAAAAAUGAAAGGCCAGAUUCAGAUAAGCUGUGUUCUACAAAACAGAAAAGAAAGCCUUAUGAGUCAACUAGUAAAACAUUUGACUCAACAAAUUCUUUUUCUAAAAAUUCUGCCUCUCAUGAUCUUGAUUUUUCCGAGAUUAAAUCUGAUAUCAGCUCAGCAUGGACAGUUGUUAAAAAGAAGAGAGUUAAUCAAGAAAAUAACCGACAAAGCAAAAAUGAAUCUUGUGCAGCAUUUAAUGAAACUCAUAGUGAUAAUAAAAAUCAAUUUAGGUCAAACAAUAGUGCCAGUCAUGUAAAUAACCGACAAAACAAGAAUAAAUUAAGUGCCCAAAAUUUCUCAAUCAAGGAAACAAUGAAUGAUAAUGAAGAUCAAUUUAGAUCGAAGAACAGUGCCAGUCGUGGAAAUGACAGACAAAACAGGAAUUUAUUUAGUACCAAAAAUUCAUCACCCAAAAAUGCACUGAAUGGUAAUAAUGAUUUAUUUAGAUUGAGGAAUGAUUUCAGUGAUAAACAUUCUGUUAGGUCCAAAUCUUUUAUGGAACAUAAACCAAACAAUUUAACCCAAUAUAAAAGUAAGGCAGACUUUCAAAAUAAUAUAAAUUCUGAGAAUUUUCUACCUCAAUCAUCUGCCCAUAAAAUUAGUCAUCAAAGAAAUGUUAUAUCAGAAACUUUAAAAACAGGUAGUUCUGAAAAUCGUUACAAGAAUAAUGAAAGUAAAAAGAAUGUGCCAGAAUCUUUUCAAAGGGGAUCUAGCUUUAAACAGCAAAGUUCUGUGUUGCUGGGAACAUGCACAAAUGAUAAAUUGCUUGAUAAUCAAGGACGCCUGAAAAAAUGUGACCCAAAAUUUGCACCAAAGAAUACUGAUCCUGGCCAUUUCAAAUCUAAUUUAAAGUCUUGUCACAAUCGUCCUUACAUUACACUUAAAAACAAACAAAUGCCUAACUGUAGUAACUCAAACCUGACUAAUACACAAAAAACAUCUGAUAAUCCACAAUCUGUUACGCAAAAUGAAUCGAUUGGCGUAAGGUUCGAUAAAACAACUAAAAAGAAAAGAAAAAGCAAGCUGAAACGUCAGGCAGGUCUACAACGGGAUAAAGUUCAAUUGAUUUCCCACAAUGUUUUUGACAAAAUUUUAAAACUAAGCUCUGAGUCGAACACACAAACUCAGAAAAAUGUGACUUUAAAUAUCAAUAAUGCCAGUGAGUAUCCGGAAUUGGGUGCAAAGGCUGAUUGUGGUAAACAAUAUUUUUAUAGUGAAGUUGUACAUGCUGAUAAAGAAGUAGAAGUGAAAAGUGAAGAAACCAAUAUAAGUACCAGUGGAUCACCUAACAAAAGUUCUUUAUUUCCUACUGGUGGUGACAAAAAUAAGAGUCUAAGUGAUGUGGAAGAAGGCACGCCUGAAACCGAAAAAGUAGCCUUGCGCCAUAAUGAUCCUAUUACUAUAUCUCUAUUUGACAUCAUCAAUAACAAGACUAAGAAGAAAAAUCCUGAUAGAAACAAUAAAUUUCUUUUUGGUGUCCCUACCUCUGCAGCAAAAGGGAAAAAGUCAUCUUUCUUAUCUGCUAAAAACCAAACUGUAAAUCCUUUAGAUUCUUCUAAACCUGCUGUUAAAAGAGGCAAAGAGAGAGAAAAGCCAAAAUUAAAGAAGCCUUCUCAUUUAAAAAAGAUCAUUUUACUUGAUAGAAUGAAGAGAAAAGAACAAAUCAGAUCUAAUAAAGCUGAAUUAUCUGGCCCAGAAAACAUAGAUGACGUGAUAACCCCUGAUGGUGAGGCUCCUGCUCUAACUUCCUCUUCUGAGAAUGAUAAAGUUAAAGAAUAUUCACAUGAUCCUACUAAAGGUUCAAUGACUGCUGAAGAUGAUGCUUUGUCCAUUGAAAAUUAUUAUUUUGAUUCAAAAAACCGUGCAUUCCUUGGUGAAUGUGAUGAUCCCCAUGUACAAAGUGAUUGUGACCCAAAAUGCCUUACGCCCUUUCAAAAAGAUUCUUCAUUUCUACAAAAUGAAACCUGUGAUUCAAACAAUCAGCUUGAUCAAUCUGAUUCUAGUUUUAUUGAAAUUAUUGUUGAUGUUAAAUGGCUGUUUGGAUACAAUGGACAAUGUUUUCACAAAGUUCCUCAAACUGAAUGUCUCACGUGUGCUGGCCUUCAUAGUUAUGAUGGCGGUAUGUUAACAAGUAGAAACCAAAGGAAUGUGUCUAGACACGGGAAAGUGCCUAAGUUUCAAAAUUAUGAUACUUUCUUGUAUAGCAUUAGGUACAUGUUUGCUGUUAACUCAUCCUCUGAAAUAACAGCCGCAGAACCAGUUUUAAAUGAUAUUAAGUAUCUUUUCAUGAAAGAAAGCUGUUCCAGUGUACUUGAAGAUGAUGAAGUAUCUGCCGUUACCUCUAGUGACUGUGAAUAUAAUGAAAAUAGUUUAUCUCCUGUUAUUAGCGAUAGGCUUGAAAUGGUUAACCAUAAUUCUGCUGUUGUUAUUCAUGAUAAAAAUUUAACUGAUGAUGAAAAUUCAUCUAUCAUUGUUGUUGAUAAUUUAGCUGCUAGUGGUAAAAUGAAUAAUUUUACUUAUGAUACUAACUUGAAUAUGUCAUGUUUUCCAUCUGAUGAAAAUGAAAUGUUAUUUAUUGAAAACGAAGAAAACAAGAUUAAUAUUUAUCAAAAGAAAAAUGAAAUCCCAGUAAUAAAAGAACCUUUUGAUGAAUCCAUAGCCAACAAUACUUUUGAUUGUUCAGAGAAUGUUAUCCAGAGUUUACCUGAUCGAAAAUUUUCAGAAAAAGUAAUUAAGCAAGCUUCUCUUAUUGUUUUACAUUCCAAAAAAUACAGAGAAUACUGUGAUCAGUUUUUGAGCAAAAACCUAGAUGAGACAGUGUCUCUCUUGCUGGAUGAUCUUGCUCGCUUUCAAGAUCGAAUGCAUCAGAAAGAUCCUGUCAAGGCUCGAAUGAAACGUAGACUAGUGUAUGGAAUUCGGGAAAUAAAGAGACACGUGAAAUUGAAAAAACUUAAGUGCAUUAUUAUAGCAUCAGAUAUUGAAGACAGUCAAAGUGAAGGAGGUUUGAAUGACAAUUUGGAAGAAUUGAAAUCACUUGCAAGAGAUUUCCAAAUACCUUACAUAUUUUCUCACACAAGAAGACAGUUGGGGAAACGUUGUCGAAAAUCUGCUCCAGUCAGUGCUGCAGGAAUAUUUAAUUAUGAUGGAUCAGAAGAAAAUUUCAAGAAAAUGUUGAUGUUGCAAAGGGAUUGCAAGCUUGAUUAUGUGGCAGCUAUCAAGUCACUCUCAUCUAACCUGACAGAUUCUCAAGUCGAACUGUUGUGCCAAACAAAGGAAGAUAAUCCAUCCAAUCUCUCAUCUGUCAAUACAAAACUGUUAAAAGAGUUUUACCCACCAGUAAAACUCAUAGAUGAUGCUUCCGAAUCUUGUGAAGAUGAUACAGUUGCAGGAAUCGAAAGCAAGAAUUGUAAAGAUGAAAAAGCUAUAAUGUAUAAUAUUUUAUUGAAAUAUAAAAUAAUUAAUUAUUAGUUUUUU